AUGCCCGAGUACCGGAUGGCCGAAGGGAAGCGCUUGCGAUGGUGGGAAGAGGUUCCGGGAGCGCCUUGUCUGGUCAAUUUUGACGGAACUCAUGGGGAACAACUGGUUGAGAAUGUGCAACUAUUCGAGGGGCUUGGUGCGGAGAGGUACGGCCGAGCUGCAGGCCAAGCGGGCCACCGGGCAGACCCAAAAGCGCUCGCAAUACAGAGCGUUAUCCGGAGCGAGUUCACCGGGCCCGACUGUUUCUGGAAGCCGCAUAAUGCGGCCGAUCUCGUUGGCGUGACCACCUUCUUCGGCCGCGCCGAUGUUGUCCCGUUCCCGUUCACGGUGGUCUUCAAGUAUGACCAACGGCCCGCGGAUCCCGUCUGUAUCUCCACCCCCGCUGACCUGCGCGCAUCUGUUGCCCAGAACCAGAACGCCCAGGUCCAGAUGCGGCGAAAGGUGCGUCUGGUCUUACGCGCACUAGAGAAUAAAAUCAUCUUUGCCCCGAUCUCGGUACCCUGGGAGGCUGUCCAAGCUACCUCGAAGAAUAGACGAUGGCCAUGGUGGCUCCAGGGCGCGCGCUCGGACGUCCAGUUCCGCAGCGGAGUGCUGAGGAUCCAUUGGAACUGCCAGAACAAAUAG